UUUUUAAAUAUGGACAUUGCAAAAUUCAUGUUAAAUUUUAUUUGAUUUCUGUAAGAGCAACAGAUCAGAAACUCUAAAAAACAAAUGAAACUCUGGCUCUGCACCGCGGUGGGUUGGUAGUAUCCACACACUUUCAGGAGGAAAAUGAAAAUCGGUUUCGGGACUAAAGUGAAAGUAAGGAAUUAAAAGUUAAUAUUAAAACGGAAACAAAGCCACGUUUUGUGAAGCUCACAUUAUAAUAGCAGCACAUUGGAUCAAAGGAUGUGAUCUCACUUCAUAGUAAAACAGGUCCUGCAAGCCCAGGUAACUCAGGAAGCAGAAUGGUAAUUAUUCACAGAAGAAAGCAGGUAGUGUACUGUUACACUACUACAGCAGAAAGUCAGAAGGUCAGGGCGCUCGCAGGGUAACUGACACAACUUGGAACUGUUCGCCCCCUUUAAAAAGAGAUAAAAAAUGGGAGAGAAUGAAGCAAGUUUACCUAACACAUCCUUGCAAGGUAAGAAGAUGGCCUAUCAAAAAGUCAAUGCAGAUCAAAGAGCUCCAGGACAUUCACAGUACUUGGACAAUGAUGACCUUCAAGCCACUGCCCUUGACUUAGAGUGGGACAUGGAAAAGGAACUGGAGGAGCCUGGUUUUGACCAGUUUCACCUAGAUAGUGCAGAGAAUCAGAAUCUGGAGAGUUCAGAGACUGCAGACCUCAAUCUUGAUUCCAUUCAACCAGCAACUUCACCCAAAGGCAGGUUUCAGCGACUUCAAGAAGAUUCUGACUAUGCUACCCGCUAUACAAGAUCUGCACCAAAGAGCAACCACUGCACCUUUUGCCGCCUUGUAAAAAUACUUUGUACAGCCAUCAUUUUGUUUAUUUUUGGAAUUUUGAUAGGCUAUUAUGCACAUAAAAAUUGCCCUUCAAAUGCUACAUCUUCAGGAACACUUGAUCAUCAGUUAUAUCAAGAGAUUCUCAAGACAAUCCAAGCAGAAGAUAUUAAGAAGACUUUCAGAAAUUUGAUACCACUGUACAAAAGCGAAGAUGACACAGAAAUUUCAAAGACGAUUAAGGCUCAGUGGACUUCUCUGGGCCUAGAUGAUGUGCAGUUUGUAAAUUACUCUGUGCUGCUGAGUCUGCCAGGCCCUUCUCCCAGCUCUGUGACGCUGAGCAGCAGUGGCCAAUGCUUUCAUGUUAAUGGCCAGCCUUGCGAUGGAGAAGCCAGAACACACCGCAGCCAAGAUCUACUCUCCUCAUAUGCAGCCUAUUCUGCCAAAGGAACUCUCGAGGCUGAAAUCAUUGAUGUGAGUUAUGGAAAUGCAGAUGAUUUAAAAAGGAUAAAAAAUAUGAGAAAUAUAACAAACCAGAUUGCACUUCUGAAAUUAGGAAAAUUGCCACUACUUUAUAAGCUUUCCCUACUGGAAAAGGCUGGAUUUGGAGGUGUCCUUCUAUAUGUUGAUCCUUGCGAUUUACCAAAGACUGCAAAUCUUGACGAUGACACCUUCAUGGUGUCACUGAAUCCAGGAGGAGACCCUUCUACGCCUGGUUAUCCAAGUGUUGUUGGAAGCUUUAGGCAAAACCGAUGGAACCUCACCUCUCUACUAGUGCAGCCCAUCUCAGCGGCACUCGUGGCAAAACUGAUCUCUUCGUCCAAAGAUGGGACCAAAAAUGGUGUCUGUCGCCCUCUAGAACUUCCACCUAGUGAAAAAGUAAUUGUCAACAUGCAAGUUCAGACAGUCACAACAUUCAAAACAAUUACUAAUGUUGUUGGAUAUUUAAAGGGCUUGGCUUCUCCAGACCGGUAUAUCAUAGUUGGCAGCCACCAUCAUACUACAUCCAGUUACAGGGGACAAGAAUGGGCCAGCAGCACUGCCAUAAUCACAGCCUUCAUCCAGGCCUUGAUGUUAAGAGUGAAGAGAGGGUGGAGACCAGACCGCAGUAUUGUUUUCUGUUCCUGGGGAGGAACAGAGUUUGGCAAUAUUGGCUCAUAUGAAUGGGGAGAGGAUUUCAGGAAGGUUCUGCAGAAAAAUGUUGUGGCUUAUGUUAGUCUUCAUAGUCCCAUAAGGGGUAACUCAAGUCUAUAUUCUGUAGCUUCACCAUCUCUUCAGCAACUGGUAGCAGAGAAAAAUAUUCUCAACUGUUUCAGAAGAGCACAGUGUCCAGAAUCCAAUGUCAGUUCCGUACAGAUACAAGGUGAUGCGGAUUAUUUCAUCAACUACCUUGGAGUUCCCAGUGUGCAAUUUGCUUAUGAGGACAUCAAGUCACUACAGGAUCCCAGUUUUCUCUCCGAGGCCCUUUUCCCUAAAGGUGCAACAAAAAUUGAAGAAAUGGAUCCUUUUUUCAAACUUCAUGAAACAAUUACCAAGCUCUCAGGAGAAGUGAUUUUACAGAUUGCCAACGAACCAGUUCUGCCCUUUAAUGCUCUUGACAUAGCUUUGGAAGUUCAAAAUAGCCUUAAAGGUGAUCAACCCAACACUCAUCAACUGCUAGCCCUGGCCUCACGCCUGCGGGACAGUGCUGAACUCUUUCAGUCAGAUGAGAUGCGUCCUGCUAAUGAUCCCAGGGAGAGAGUUCCGGUGCGUGUCCGAAUGCUGAAUGACAUUCUCCAAGACAUGGAGAAGAACUUCCUGGCUCAGCAAGUACCACCAGGUUUUUACAGAAACAUCCUGUACCACCUUGAUGAGAAGACAAGCCAGUUUUCAAUCCUCCUGGAGGCUUGGGAGCGCUGCAAGUCUCUUGCAUCCAAUGAGACCUUUCAAGAAGCCCUGUCAAAGGUGUUGCACAGCAUUAAUUCAGCUCAGGUUUACUUCAAAGCAGGACUUGAUGUGUUCGACAGUGUCUUGGAUGGGAAGAACUGAGAAAACUCUCAGCAUUUUAAAAAGUUUGUUUACAAUUCCUUAAGCAAAAGCUCCAAUCUGAUAGACUUGCUGACAUUGAAGACUCCCCACCCCCACCCCCGCCACCAAUGGCUUUUUAUACAAAUCUAAAGCUAUUAUUAGAUUGUAUUUUUAAUAGACAUAUAUAAAAAGAGCAUUUGCACAAUUAAUAUUUUUCAUAUAUCUGCAUUUCUGAAUAUGCAAAAGCAAGUUAUUGAAAUAAUACUUAAGAUUUAUCUAUUAAAAGAAAUCUACUGUAUUUUUAUAUAUAUAUAUAAAAUAUUUUGGGGGAAGCGUUACAAGAAGUUUUGGACAAUCUUUGCUCCUAUGGAUAGAGCACAUAGGAACAGAAGUUGUUCCUUAUGUUAGAGCAUUUAAUGACCUACUUUCUGCAAUAGAAAUGGAGGGUUGAUAUGGUUGCAGAUUAAUUCACUAUUAAGUAUUCGUUAUGAAGAAUUCAAGUAUUCUGACUGAGUGAUUGGUUGACCAAACCCACUUUGAAUGUUUCUAUUUUAUGAAAUGAAGUGCCUGUUCAUAACACAACUAGAUGUAGUAAUACACUGGUUAUGAAAUUGUAUUUUUGUAAGUAUUAAUGAAAAAAAGAGCCAUAAACAUUCCAGGGAAAAAUCUCCAGGUAGCUGCACAGAUCAAUUUAAAUGCAAAUUUUUUCUAACAACUCAUAAGGUGACAAGCUUUGAAACCCUUAAUUUGCCUCAGUUGAUUUUGUAAAAAUCCAGGGGUGAUAUAUGUCUUAUGAGGGUGACAAUAUUUCUAAUUUCUUCUUGUGUUGUUUCUGUUGGAAGCCCAGAAACAGAGCUAUUUUAAAAUGAAAGCAUCUCACAUUCUUUGAAAACCCCAAGUAUCUUAAAAAGCAUUAAAUUGCUAUUUUUGCCACUGACAUGAAGGACUUACUAUGAAAGAAAUAGUUGUUUUGAUCAAUGGGAAAAAAAGCUCCUGAAAUCUAUGAGGAAACGUUCAACAUAUUUUUCUUUUUUAUCCUUAGUUGUGACUAAAAGUGAACAUAGAUAAUAGUCAUAAUCCUAAUUUUAUGCAGAAAAAACAGUGCUUCUGUAUGAAUAUGUCUUUCCCACACUUCAAUUAUUUUCUCUUGUGGAAAAUGAAACUCUUAAUAGUGACAUUGUCAUUGACUGGCCCUGACAUCUAAGAUUCCCCAACACCUUAGAAUUCUGCUAGGUGACAGUUUAAACUUUCAGCUUGCUCUUGGGAAUUGAUUUAAGUCUUUUUCUUCUGAUACUGGAUAAAGGAAAUCCCCUGAGGAAACAUAUUUUCAGAAUAUUUCAUGUGACUUUUUUCUCUAUCCCAGCACAGUAAACACACUUCCCCAUUAUACACAGCCAGAGCAACAUUGCAGACAGCACCUGUGUGUCUAAAUCUUUGCUUUUUGUAGAUGAGCAUAAACCUAAUCUUAGUUUAAAGGAAACCUAAAGUUGAGGGGAAAGAAUUAAUCAGUAUUGAUUAAUUGAUUUAUAAGGCUCAGCUCUUCCUACCCUAAGUAAUGUUUAUAUGCUCAAGGCAAAGAAGAGAAUUGAGGCAAUUAGCUAGAUAAUUCAAGCAGAAAUCCAUUUUCAUCUGAAUUGCCUGUGUGCACAUAGUUUUACAUGAGAAAUGAAACUGCUUGAUUUUUUUUUUAAACCAAUAUACUUGUUUGUUUGAAAAUAUUUGCCAUAUUCAGGAAAGGACUGAAGGACCAGGCUGCUGCACACCUCAACAUCAAUGUCCCUUGCUCCACCGAAAUCAACAUCAAAGAUAAAAUGAGAAUAUACAUAUGGACAUGGUUAGGGCCAAAUAAUAGAAUGCCUUAUACUCAAGGAUCUUAAAUAUUUAACCAAGCUUUAAUGCAUUCAUUCCAGUUCUUAAUUUGGGGUUGAAUUUAAAGCAAAGCCAAAUAAUGAUCAAUUUUAUAGUUUAUCAGUUUAGAACAAAAUCCUGAGUAAAUUCACUCAGUCUGUAAGAGCAUUGAAAGCACAAAAUUUUUUGUUUGUACAUUUUUGUUUAAUGAUAGUGUACUUGGGUAAACCACACUGCACAGAUAAAAAUCUCAAUAUUAUGUAUUCUUCACUUUGAAAUUAUAUGAUAUUUGAUAUAUCAUAUAAUAUAUAGAGAACUGAAGUUAACUGUGGAAUAACACAUUUUAUUAGUCUACUUAAGAGAUGUGAAGAAACUAAAUUAUAAUUAAAAUAUAUGUCCACCAGUUUUAUACAUGCUGCUCUACAUAUUUGACUGCAACAAGCUUCUUAACCAAGAACAUUAUUGUUAUGGUCUGAUUACCUCAGGGUUCCACCAAAUUUAUAUUAUUCUAAUUUUUCCCCAAUAGAUCCAAGUAAAUAAAAUCCUAUGCAAGUUAAUAGCAAGUGCUUUUGGUGAAUUGGUAAUAGGCUUCAAUUCUUACUGAGAUAUCUGGGUGCCUGCUAAUUCUCACACUCCUUCAUACAUAGAAUUGUGCCUAGAUGUAAUAAACCAUAAAUGGUUAUUCUGCUAAGAAAAUGUGCCAAAUCUGCAUCACUGGAACUUGGGCUCAAGAAGGGUACACGCUGCCCUUUGUGGAAGAGCAUGUAUUCUGGAGUCAAAAGGAAGCCUAAAGAGACAUUUUAGUCUAAGCCCUAAGAUUUUAUCUUCAGCCAGGAAAAGCAUUAUCACCCCAUGGGCUUCAAUACCUGAAGCCAAAGCAAUUAAAGAACUUGGAUAGAGUCACAUAGCUAGCUAGUAGCAAAAGCACCACUGGAAUUUACACUCCUCUGCUUUGAAAUGCACUAAAUCUAGCUCCCUCUUUGAGAUGCUAGGGGUUAUGAACAAUCUUUCCAGUGCAUCCUCAGAAAGCAGCCAUUUUUCCAAAUGCUGCAUAUACUGGAGUUACUGCUCUAAUUAAGGACUAGCUUAUUCUCUGACUAUACCUGACAAAUAAAACCUUCCUAGGCAAAGGAUUGGGUACUCAGGAGGAAGUGGGGAGAGUUUCCACAGGACAAAAGAAGUAGGAAGGAGGGCAUUGAGUCAAAUGCUUUUAUGAGAACAUAUUUUAGCUCUGUAUUAAAUCAGGAAGCUAAAUUGCUAUUUCUCAAAAAUGUGGAUUUUAGGGUAUGAGGCCUAGCCAUCUUCAUCUUCAGCAGGUGUUCCCAGAUGAUCAUUAUGAACUCUGAAGUUUAAGAAUUUCUAAUCCACAUCAAUCCUGGCUCCUGAGAAAGCAUUACUUGGCAACAUAUCUAAAGCAAACAACAACAAAAGCAAAACACAACUGAGAGUCACAACAACAGGAAGCUUUGCUAUUAAAGGGAGAGAGUAAAAGUAGCCAUUGUAUUUCUCAAAAAAGGAUGCAGACACAGCUAACACCUGUGCCUGCCACUUUUGUCCAUUGAGUCCUCACAACAACCUAUUUUAUUUUUUUAAUGAGGAAAGUUAACUGAAUGACUGCUCGAAUGCUCCUUAUGAUGGUGGCCCACCAACCUAACUCUAUGUGGGUAGGUUAGAAAAUAUCUCUAAGAGUAUUAAAAAUUAAUACACCAUUGGAGACAAUCAUGGCAACUAGAUGUAAAAUAAAAAUAUAAAAAUAACAGAAGCCUUACAUUACACAAUUUUCUCCUCAAAAUGCCUAUAUAAUUUCAUAGGGGGGAAAUAAAGCAAGUGCUUGAAUUUACAAACAAAGUUUUAUAUUAUCCUUAAGAGCUUAGAAUAACUAAUUGACAUUUUUAACUUAAAUAAAUAUAAGCAUGAGGUAGGUUUCCCUAUUGCAAAGAUAAAUGUUAUAAAACUGAAAUAAAUGAUGAUUUAUUGCCAACUGCCUAAUGAUGAAUCAGCAUCUGUGCCUCAAAUGAAAAACUGUAAUUAUUUACACAACAAAUUGGUAGACCUAGCCAAAAAUGCUCUAAGAUGCACUGUGUGGUAUGCGUGAUUAAUUACUGCAAGAAGUAAGCUUUCUCUGAGGGUAGCACAUCGUCAUCUCUUUGAUGUAAUAGGCUAUUUAACUGUGUCUUAGUCAUAUUUUCUUAAUAGAAAGGAAUUACUUUAAACUGUCAAUCCAUGUGUUGAACAGAAAUGAAAUGGUCCACAUAUUCCAAUAAACAUAAUAACAUAAUCAUUUCAUCAUAGGAGCACAGAGGAAACCCGGGGGGGGGGGGGGAGACAAAGAAUGUGAUAAUUAUGAAAAAUAUUCUGCCUAACUGCACUAGUGAGUCUUUAUUUCUUCCAUAUGCUUACAUUUUGAGCUUAAAAAAAAAACUAUUCUGAAAGAUCUUAAGAAACUUCAGAGUUCUAAGCACUCCAUUGAGUGCAAAUAUUUUUUGGUUAAGUGGGUUUGUUUAUGAAAUUCGAAAUUUCAGGUGAUAUGAAUUUAAAAGAAGAGUUGCAAAGAAUUUUUUUAAAAAUCUAACCUUUCGUGAUCAUCACCAUGUCCACUCAAUUGUGUGUUUCCUCUUUCUAGAUAUACUUCAGCAAUUAGAUUAGGCUCUUUUUCCCCCGAGAGAGUAAUGUUAAUAUCUACUGGACUCAAUAUGCAUUUAUCUGUAAAUCAGCCAGAGUCUUAUUUCCAUAACAUCGUUUCAUUAUCCUCUGAAGAUGUGCACUGAAGAGCCUUUAGCACACUUGGGGCUGUUGAGAAUCUUGAGGCCUUGCUUGUUGUAAAAUGACAUAUUUCUUAAAGACAUUUAUAAUCUCAUAUUCAGAUUGUAUCUGAAUUUACAAAGUGAAGGAUUAAACUGAGGCACUUUCAAGUAGCACUCAAGAAAAAGAAGCUGCUUCAAAUUUUAAUGUUUCUGGUUAGAUUACUUUUGGUUUGAAGCAUAUAGUUAUAUAGUUUUCUGUAACCAAACUGAUAAUUUUGAUGUUUUCAGCCAAACUCCAAUCAUUGAAGCCAAAGAAAUGCAUGACUACUCUAAUUUCUUAAGUAGGAUGCUAUCAAGAAUUAACUCAGGAUCAGCUAAUUCUAGACAAAGAUUUGAUGAGUGUAGACAGAGCCUAACAGUAUUCCAAUUCCUUUGAUGUCUUAAGCCAGUAAGUACUGAGGUAGGUUUUCUCAGAGGGAGGCAGAUUUUGUUUUCCAGGGGCUAAUUAAUAUGCACAACCUCAGUCCCCAAAGGACCUGUACUAUACCAUAUGUCAUGUGCAAGCUCAAGAGAUUAAUAUACAACCAUUAUCAUGAAUUAUUAUGUUGCAUUGAAGUUAAUGUCAGGCUUUUGUUCUAAUUAAAGUAUAAACUUGGCAUCUGAAAGAAGUUUAGCUAGAGAAGUGCAGUUAGAGUCUCUAUUUUAAUAAAUUACACAUAUUUUCAAUCAAAAUGUGUAAUUAUUUAAUUGUCUAGACUGCUCAAUAAGCAAAAUUCUCCAACUCCUUCAAGAAUCUUUAUUCAUAUGCUAAAAGCAGGUGAACACUACUUGGAGUGUAUUUUAUCAUUUUAAAUUCUUAACCAUUGUUGAAUCAUGCGUUCAGUAGAUGUGAUAGUGUUUUCUUAAUAUUAAUGACAAUUAUUUGUUUUCCUUUAUAUCAAGCUGCUACAAAUGGACUACCUUGUUUUGAAAAUUAGAAAAAGACUAUUACUCUAUAAAGACAAUUUUAUCAUGUCUGUUUAACAAGAAAAAAAAAAUGUUUUACUCCACCAUUGCAAAUUAUUUGUAGGAAACAAAAUGUCCAGAUGGUUAUGUGUAGUUCACUUGAUUAUAUUCCAAAGAUAUUAUAAAUAAUUCUGUUCAGAAGUUGAGAUAGGACUCUAUUAAGUGAUUUAGUAUUUAGAUUUCACACAGAAAGGUUUAAUGGCAAAUAUAUCUCACACAUUCUAACAUGCUACUUAAAAAAUAUGAAUAGAAUUUGUAUUCUGAAAAAAUAUUCUCUAGAACAUUUUGAAGGGCUAAUUUUUUUUGUAGACAUCUAGAAAAACAACAUCAUUUAAAUAAUAGUUUCAUAUAUGUGUUUGGGAUGUUAAUAUAUAUCAUGCAGUUUUUCAAUCAUGUCUACAGUGUAGCAAUAUUUAAUUCCAUAAAAUUAUAUAAUAAAUAAAAUUUCUCAGUUGUAUAAGAAUAAAAAAGAAAGCCAUAAAAUAAAUAACGUGAUAUUUAGGAGAAGAUUUAUAAAUGAAUUUGGGAUAGAAUUUGGAGGGCAAUCUCUCCAAUUAAAUUAUCUUUGGUUAAAAACAAAUAUCUCUGAAAGGUGUCUCAAUUGCUAAAUUUCACUGUGUUGAAUAUUGUUCAAGAUAAUUUUAUUAUUAUCUGUGAUUCAGAAAUAUUUCUAUUGUAAAGAAAUGUUCAUGGUCAUUGUCUUUGUUGUGAUUCAUUGUUAAUGGCAUUGAUUGAGAGGCAUGUGUCUGUAGUUCUGUAAUUACUAUAUAGAAAUGAAAGUCUACUCUCUAUCAUGUGUGGUGUCUGUUGGGAAUUUAGUGUGUUCUAUUUUUAGCCCAAGUGUGAUCUCAAUUUAUUUUACAACUUUUUAUAUAUUACUAAAAUGACUCAAAUUGCAGCUGAUUUAGGAAAGUAUUAUGAUUUGGAGUGACAAAAAUUGGAUUGGAAUACCACAUACAUUAAGAAUGAGUGAAUAUUUUAUUCACUUGUUUAAAUAUUUGCACAUCAUUAAAAACAUAGUACUAUGAAAUGAAGGCAUCUUUUAAGAAGUAUGUUCUAAUUCAUAAAUGUAAUGAGUAUGUACAAUGAAAUGGUAAUAUUUAAAACACUCAUUUAAAAUAUUAAAUGCAGAU